AUGUCGAACAACAAGGAUCUUACUAAACAGAAGAGAAUCAGAACGGGUCAUCGGUCAUAUAUCAAAAAGCUUUUUGCAACCUCAGACGAGUUAAUGUCAGCGGACGUUCCCGAUGUCAACAAAAUCGAAUGUAUGAAAAUUUCAUUGACUGAUAGAAUGUCAACAAUACAAGGCCUUGAUGAUGCAAUACUUCUUCUUGUCGAAGAAGAAAGCAUUGUUAAGGAAAUCGAAGAAGCGGGCAAAUUCAAGGAAAUGAUUCAAAUGUAUUUGGUAAAUAUAAACAGUUUACUCAAGAAGCUUCAACUCACAACAAGUCAGGCGCCCGUAAACAAUGAUCAUUCACUGGGAAACACAGGGGAUUCAAGUUUUACUGAAGUCACACAAAUUACAACUUAA